AUGUCUUCACACGGUGUCGCUCAUCCACGCUCGGCCGCUGGCACACCUACACAGACACGCCCUUCUUUCAGCACGGCUCGCGACCACUUCAGCCCAGGCAACUCGCGGCCCAACGCCAUGUCGCGCUCUAUCGACCUCGAAGCCACCAUCGAGACCUGGCUGGAUGCGCUCAACUCACCUCUCUCCACACCAUCCGAGCGAACCUCGACGCUGAACGACAUCGAGAGACUCCUCGUCAAUCUCACCGACCCUAGCUCUCGCUCUUCAGCUCUUGUCGGCCUCGACCAUGCAGCCACGUUCUGGUCUCUCCAGGCCACGGCUGGCUUCAGUCUGGCAGAGGCACUCAUGGCGCUCGUCUUCCGCCUCCAUCUCGACCUGCAGCGCGAGCACGAGCUACAAGCGACGCACGCAUCAUCCUCGCUGUAUGCGGCCGCCGAUGCCGCUCCGCCACUCGAUGGACUGGGCAUUCAGAUGAGCAAAGCGCACAACAAACAAGCGAAGAUGUCGGUAUGGAGCAUGUCCGAAGCGCAACAUCAGCGUCUGCACGCUACUGUGUCCGAGUUCUGCAUCGCCAUCACCAUCUUGCAGGGGCUGACGUUGUGCAGCACGUCAAGCAAGCGCAUCAUGCGCCGCAAGUCGUCCUUGGAACUGCUCCUUCAGAUCGUACUCGCCGACUACUGCACACAGCUGCUUCCGCCCGUCCUCAUGCCUGCAUCACAAGCGCUCACACCCACCAGCCCCUCGUUCUCGCUGCCUCCAACACCGUCGACGCCUGCAUCCUCGUCGUCUUCGUCUCCGUCCAAGUCGUCCGUGACCGCCUCGUCGAGCGCAGACUCGGUAGCAGAAGCGCCGCUGUCGCUGCCAUCUGGGUUCGCGCUCGAUCUGUUGAUGUGCGUUUUGGUCGACAGCCAAGAGGCGCAGGACCGGUUCGCCGAGAUGGGCGGGAUCCAUCAGAUUGUGCAGCUCAGCCACAAGUGCGCCGACACUGUCACCACGCCCGUCAGCACACCUGUCACCGCCACCAGCCCGAGUCUGCGCGAUGUCGCCGCAACCAGCGCCGCGCGGUCGGGUCACAUCGUGGCGCUCAAGCAGACGGACCUGCUGUGUCUCGAGUUCCGCUACUUCUGGUCACAGCUGCUCAACAGUGAGCCGGCGCGCAGAGCGAGCCUCGACAACGUCGCCGGCACCCACUCGGCUGCGACGAGCUUCUACAGCGUCAUGGAUCCGCCCUCGACCGUGCUCGUGGAGGCGGAGACAGCUGCGGAACCAAGCACGCCCAAGGCGUCGCUGAGGAAGAGAGCGUCCCGACGCGUGCUGGGCGAAAGCGAGACGCCGCUGGUCGAAACGCCAAAGGCUCGUGGUCGGGUGCAAGCUCCUUCAUCGACACGAGCCACAAGCGAGGAGGCGCCUUCGAGGACGCUCGAUCAGCAAGCGGGCGAGGUAAACGCUUCGCCGAGGAGGCUGCGCCAUAGCACGUCGGUGGCUGAGCUGCGCAAGAAGCCGUCGGUGGCCAAGAGCAUGCCGCCCGUCCCGCCGCUGCCCAUCUUGGAGCCGACGGUGUCGAUUGCAAUCAAGCCGGACGCAGCUUCCAGCGAGCGACGCUUCGCUUCACGACGGCCCGCGACCUCGGGCUCGGGCAGUGCAUCUGUGCGUCCGAGUGCAUCCGCUCUGCCGGGAGGAGGACAGCUGGGCGAGCGCGUGCGCAGGUCGACUGUCUCCGAAGCGUCCACUGCCGAUGGUGGUCCGGAUCGGAUCAAGUUUAGCCCUACACGGCCGGGCAUGUCUUCUCGAGAGCGACCGCGCAUUCCGUCGCCGCUCAAGCCGCGCAGUGCAGCGCAGCAGGCCGCCGAGCUCGACACCCAGCGACGCGCCGAUGCGCUAACCAACCAGGCCAUCCCCUACCGCCGUCUGCGCGCCUCCACUGCCAGCACGCCCUUCUCGCCCACCGACAACGUUGCUGCUGCGCAUCGUGAUGCGGACGCCGAGAACUGCAAUCCCUUCUCGACCGCCCACACGCAAGCCAAGCCGCAGCAAGAGGCUCGCACCCAGCUGCGUUCCAAGCGAUCCACCCACAUGCUUCGAGAAAGCCCACAGCCCAUGGCCGACGUUGUUGCAGGUGCAGGAUCGAUGCGCAGAAGCGACACGAGGGUGGGCAUGGUGCCCAGCGAGUCGGCCUACAGCCUUGGCGUCGGGAGCGGGCCAGUCAAGCUCCCGCCCAGUCCGGCGGUGAGACGCGCCCAGCUGGCCCGCGCACGCAGCUUGUCGCCCACCAAACUUACCCAUCUCGGCCAGCGCCUGUCUGUUGCGCAGCCAGAUCUGUAG